AUUCCUUACGCUUAUGCUGCGAUUCUUCCGAGUACUAUCAUUAUCGCUAUAUUGUCACCAAUUGCGGUGGCUGGUAAUUCAUUGGUUUUAGCAGCAAUAUGGAAGCGCUCUUUUCAAAGAUCGCCGUUUCAUGUCCUUCUGAGUGGAAUGGUUGUAACUGACCUUUGCACGGGACUCAUUGCCCAGCCGUUCAUUGUCGCAACUAAUUUACUGUACCUGACAAAACCAACAUUCGUGAUAAAGCAGCCAGGGCUUUUUCUCGCCAUUAAAACAACUGGAGACGCAAGUGCCACAUAUUCGAUAGCCUUCAACUUGUUAAUCAUAACACUCAUGUCUGUUGAGCGAUGGCUGCAUAUGUCUCGCCGAUCCUUGGUGAUAUCCCGUCGAGGACGUUUUACUGCCGUAACUUGUUUUCUCCUUCCAAUUCCAGCAGUUGUGUUUCGUUCCAUGGAAACUCUUAAACCAGGAACAGGUCAACGACUGUUAAACAUGACGAUAGUUGUGUCCAUGUUUGGUUGUUUUCUAAUCACAUUUGUUUCUUAUGUUAACGUUUUUCGUCUCAUUCUACGCCACCAACAACAGAUUCAAGUCACUGAAAACUUUGGCCAACCGGCGAUAAACUUAGCAAAGUACAAAAAAUCCGUGUUCACCAUCUUGAUUAUUCUGGCCUUCUAUUGCAUUUGUUUCCUUCCUAUUACUUUCUCACUUUCAAUCCAUUUUCAAGUCGGUGAUAGUUCUAAAAUGGCAUUGGCUACAAGUGUAUCGUUCGUGUUCUUAUUUUUAUCUCCUUCGUUAAGUCCAAUCCUGUACUUAUGUAGAAUGAAUGAUGUUCGUGCUGGGGUAAAAAUAUUACUUUCGUCUGGUAGGGGAUAAUGCCAAAUCUGACUUUGUCUCAGUAGUCAAAAGAAAAGUCAUAAUUCGGGUUAACCUGUGUGGAAGUACAAAUACAAGGUGAAUGUUAAUCUAUUACAAAGUUCUUGUACGUUAAGUUUCGGGAUUAAAGAGAUACUUUUGAAAAUUUUCAGGGUAUAAAAGAAUUUGUUGGUUAAGGCUUUCUCAAUGUGAUACUAAAAUCUUUCAAUCUAAGGAGGGUGUUAAUUCUUGGAAGUUGUCAGGAAAUGCAUUUAUCUAUCCAUCCAGUUGUGAGGAAUUAGAUAGGUGAUUUAAUCAGUAAGAAAAGGGGAAGUAGUUUCAAUGAACAGUAAUGACCUCAAAUAUGAUUACACUUUAAUAGCCUAGUUUGAAAUUAUUAAAAUGAUAUUUAAUUCUCCAAAGUAAAGUAGUCUGACACGUAGGCAUAAACAAUCCAGUGAUAAUGCUUGUCGCCCUUCAAACCAAGGGCGAAAACUGAUCCGCAUAAGAAUGGUGCAAAGAUGUACCAACAGAAAAUUAAACCGUUCAAUUUCAGCUUAAGGUACGUGACAGGUACACAAGCUUGAUUGAUUCGUGGAAAAGAGUGAUUGACACUGAGGGCAUGCCAAUGCAUUCGUGAAAUUGAGCGCUGAAAGUUCAGUGACAAAAAUUUUAAUUCCGGCGAUCUAGUUUUCCUAAGCUUUUCUUGGUGGUUUAGAUGGGAAACUCUAAGGCCGAAAUACUCCACUUGGGCAUGGAGACAAAUUUCAACUUUCCUAAUUGACCUUUACACGAGCCUGUCUUAUUAUAAAUGGGGAUUUGUUUUUCUUUGUCCAGGAAAGACUCGUCAAUUUUGUUUCUCUGAAAAGAAAAAGUUGCAAGAAAACGCAUGCAAAUGGGGUUUUAAACGUUUUUAGUUAAGCCUUGCUCUGCGUAAGUGGGAACACCUUUUACCUUGUCAAGAAAAAAAUUGUCAAGUUUUUCAUAUUAAUCUAGCAAUUUUCCCUGAAAGUAAAAACAAAAAAAUCUUGCUUGUGAAAACGAAGCUUAAGAUUAAUGACGGGUCAACUCGAGGUUAGUCACAAAUCCGUCUUAAAACUAUGCAUGAUGAACACAUUCUCGGUUUUCAUAUGACGUCACCAACAUUCAAACUUAUCGAUUCUUCCGAGUUUCUACUUUCAUGAGUUAUUACAGUAGCUUAACACUUUCUUUAUUCAUACACAAUUUUUUGUUCGAAAGGGCUCUUCAUUUUGCGCGAGAGGACUCUGGAGGCUAGGAAAGCUCUUAAUGUGGGUUGAAAAAGUUAGCAACUUUCAGAUUUUGGUAUCUUAACAUUCCUUGUCUCAGAAUAAAUGUUACUUUUACCUUUAUGAGUUCAUCAAGCGAUGAAUUAACGCAUUUGCAGAAACACUCCAAGACAGCUGUUUCUGUUGGUUUUCGGCGGCCAUAUUUGUGCCCCUCAAAAAGGCACCAACAUGGCGUCUCCAUACAAAGCCUUAUAUAUUGAGUAAAACGUUUUUCCGAAUAUCUUGCACAAAUGUCGCGCAACAACUUACAACAACUUUACUUCAUUUCAAAACCCUUGUUAUAAAAUAAAAUAGAACACAACCCGCAAGUAGCAAAGGCUCUCGAGGCGGGUUGUGUAAACAUACAUGUAAAUAAAUAAAUAAUACAUUAAUUAAGGUGGCUCGAUACAGUUUUUCAGGGCCAGUACCUCCCAAGUUUGAGCAUAAACUACGUCGCCAUAAACAAAGUUUUGGAAAAAUUGCCACCACAGUUGUAUUAGAUUAAGAUGAAAAUUUGUUAUGAUCAGGGUUGCAAUGACAUCGGAGUUGUCAUAGCAACGAAAUGACGCUAUUACCUAUUUUACUUACAGGAGUAUAUCUCGGCGCUGGGAACUCUUCUUCCAAAAUCAUUUACGGAAGCUUUUCCCUCCAAUAGCCGCCUCGAUGUUCCUGAAGUUUAAGCCAAAUCUGUAACAGCGUUAUCGAGAUAUUUUGGGAUAAAGAUUUUGUUGUAUCAAUAGCAGUGAUAUAUAGAUUUAGCCAGGGCUAAAAGCGAAGCUCUCGAUAAUAUUUAUAUAUAAAAUCGUGUAAUGCUAAGCGGCGAAGGCAACGCCGGAGAAAGGUGAAAAACUGAACAAUAGGUCCAAUUAGCAAAAAAGGAACUUUGCACGUGCAGCACAUUUUUUUUGUACAUUUCUUUGCCGUUCUUUUGUACGACUGCAACGUGAAACUUCCAGAAACUUCUUAGUUACACGUUUUACGGACUGAAUACGUUUUCUCGUUCACUUUUUUUUUCACUGCUGCUCAGUUUCACCUUGCAUUGGUGGCCGCUAGCAUUUCUCUUUUUGCCACCACCGCUACAAAAUUGUCAUGUUAUUCUUCCAACAAAAAAAUGUCUGCUUUGUUUUUAAUCUCUCGCUAUAGAUCUCUGUCGCCCUUUAUCACGUUAACGUUGAGAUUCGCUGGCCUGCCGCCUACUUUCUCUUUUUCUCUGUCUUUCUCUUGCUCUAUAUUCCAAAUAUGUGGACAUGACAAUUAAUCUAAGCUUAAUACUUUAGAAAACACGGAUACAGAAACAAUUUCCGCUUUCCGUUUUCGUCUUUAUUGACUCUUUAAUUGUCUCUGCUUCACGAUUUCCCGUCAAAAUAACCUCGAGUUACAUUUGGGUUGUCAUACCUGUUGAAUGAGUUAUUUUACAUUGGUAUGACUGUGGUGCGGACGGACAGUCGGGCGGUCGGUCGGUGUACGGUCACGUGAUUAUCAAAUUUUCUCGGAUGGGUGGGUGGUUUACCACAUUUUCUUACUCAUGGUGCUCCGCUUCGCGCGCGAGAGCUCCGCUAUCAAUCUUUUUGAAAUUGUGAAUGGAAGAUUAUGAUUAGUAUGUAUCGAGGCGCUCUUGUCAGCGGUUUUUUUAAUAUUUUGAUCUACUUUAACAAAUUGGUAAAUAAUUUUUAAACCGCUCGAUAUAUUUUUUUACAAAUUUAAGAUUCUUGAGAUUAACCUUCCUUUUAUAUGAUCUUCUAGUUUCAAGGUUAUUGAUAUAUUGUAAGGCAGUAAAAUACCCUUACAAGGGUUUAAAAAUAAUGAAAUAUCCUAACAUCAUGACCCCAAAAGGCGGUCGCGGUCGCUUACGACGCAGGCGUCCGCACAUGGAGGUUCGAUUAUAUUAAGCAUAUUUUUUUUCUUUGGUAAAUCUCGGUAAUUGAAAAAAAUCUAAAGAGUCACGCACUAUUAUCACUUAAAAAAAUUAAUUACUCGACGUGUGUUUAUACCGAGAGCAUGAAGUUGUGGUUUCUGAGCAAGAGCAAGUAUUCUCGUUACAGUGAUCAUUAAAUUUAUAUAAUUAUAAUGUUGGCAGUUCGUGUAAGAUAUUCAGUAAUUAGUUUUAUUAUCUGUCUUUGAACGUGCAAUAUCUUUUUAAUGAAGUUUUUCUUUAGGGCAAUCUUCUUGUGAGUAUUAGUUUGUACCACUUCCAAAAAUUACAAUUACCCAUAUCAAGCAAAGUCAGUUGAAUUCAUUAAGCCAGCCAAUAUCAUCAACUGAACAAAGAAUCAAACAAACCUAGAAUAGCAAAUAUCAAUUUGUGGAAUUUAAAAGCAGGAUUUAUUUUGUUGUAACCUGCUCUUUCUCUCAAUAUGAAAGGGGUGGUCCUUUAUUUUCUUUUUCUUUCCUUUCUUAGGGCAUAGUUAAUAGAUUCGAAUGAUUGUGAAACCCUUCAUACUCCUUUGUUAUAGGUUUUUAUGGACCUGAAGAUGCACAACAUUAUAAGCAUUCCUACCAUUUUGAUCGCAUUGACCAAUAAAAACGUCGCAUUAAUUUAUUCCAUCACAAACAAAGGAUUGCGCACCGUCAGGGAGCUUCCAAUAUAAACUGCAUCACUGUUGUUUUUACAUUUGAUGUUUGUUGUCUUUCAUAACCAGUCUCCUCCAAUAACUAUGCUGAAUUUACUCUUUGAGUCUUUGUGCCUACCUCUGCUUUUUUCUUUCCUCAAAAGAGUUCCGCUUCUCAUAUUAAUCUUUAGUCAGAGGCUUCCGUAUCCGUCAAAUCCAUCAACCAAAAGAUAAGCUGCUUUCCAUUGAAAAGGGAAUUCAACUGCCUACGGGAGUACAACGUGUACUAUAUUUCUCUACGCCGUUUUAAGGAAGAAAAUAUGGUACUCGACCCCCAAGGGGCAUGGCCAAGUGCAUGCAAUGGCAGCAUCAACCAACACCACUGCUUCCAAUUAAUUAUAAGGUAGUCUAUGUGUGUGUUUUUUUUUCCUAAUUAAUUUGUCUUUUGUUUAAGGAGAUGACACACAAUUCAGGUAGAAUAAAAUAAGAAGAAACGUAUUGUCAGUAAAGCAAAUGUCAAAUCUUUCUUCUCUUUUUCUAAUAGACGCUAUGUGUACAAAUUUUUUGUACUGUUAGAAUUGAAUACUAACCAUUCAAUCAAGUGCUUAAAAAAGAAAGAUAAAUUUAGAUUGCCUUUUUUCAGUUUUAGCUAUCGCGCUAGGGCUUUCUUCGCAAUGAAUGAGUACAAAGCAAAGGCAAUAUUGGUGCUUUUCCAGCAGCUGCCAAGUCACGGAUUUAUCAUUAAUCCUGAUAAAGAACAAAAAAGAGAAGAUUGCAUUUGGUCCUUUAGUUUUAGCUGAAAAAACUAGAGUACGACCAACAACACAUCAUCUGGAGGGAAACGUACAGCCGUAACUGCAGCUUUUACAUGGACAGCUUUUCCUACUCCAUCAUUAUCGCUGUUUUAUGUCCAGUUGCAGUGGUCGGAAAUGCUCUGAUUUUGGCUGCGAUUUGGAAAAAGACAUUUAAAAGAACUGCUUUCCAUCUUCUUCUGAGUGCAUUAGCAAUCACUGAUUUGUGUACGGGAGUAAUAGCCCAACCUCUUACUGUUGCAGCCAAUCUUUUGCAAAUUGCAUCGGACUGCAAAUCAUAUUCACAUUGCAGAAACAGGCCAAUGAUUACUGAAGUAAUUGAUGCACUUAGUAAUACCAGUGCCACGUAUUUCUUUUCUGUCACAGCCCUUUUUACAUCACUAAUGGCAGUUGAGAGAUGGUUACACAUGACAAGGCGAUCCAAGUUGACAUCACGUCGUAGAUACAUUGUAGUUAUAGCGAUCUUGAUCCUUCCAUUACCCAAAGCAAUUUUUCGUUCCCUAGAAUCCGUGGAAAAAGGACGUUCCACACGUUCAUCGAAUAUUGCAAUCAUAGCUUUGGGAAUGGUUUGUAUCUUAACCACAUUUGCUGCUUAUUUUCAAGUUCUUCGAAUCAUUCGACGCCAUCGACAACGCGUUCAUAGCAGCAUGCGGACUGGCAAUUUUGGUCCAUCAGCAAUAAACCUGGCGAAGUAUGAGAAAUCUGUGGUGACGAUCUUAUAUAUCGUAGGUUUAUUUUACUUCUGUUUCUUCCCAUAUAUUGUAACUAUUAGUGUGUUUGUUCACUUUGGAAAUAAUGAUUCACGAGAAUUAUCUGUAGCCUUGCACAUCACCACAGUGUUUCUGUUCGCAUCAUCUUCACUCAACCCACUCCUUUACCUAUGGAGAAUGAACAAUGUUCGUACGGGAGUAAAGCGCUUAUGGUUUCGAGGAUCCGAAUAG